CACACAUGGUAACACCCUACAGUGCGCACAGCCGUACAGGAAGUUCCACAUUUCACUGUUGUGCCAUUUUCCUCAUACCAUAGCCCGGAGCCCGGAGAGGAGCGGCGGCAGCCACUGGCAUUCUGUGGCCCAGCGACACCGGACAUGGGAGAGCCGGACAGCUCCGACCCCCAGCCUCCACCGCCAGUUCACGAAGUGAACCUGACAGGACAAGAAGACAAAGUUGGUAUGGUAGACUUUGAACUGCUGAAAAUUUUGGGAACUGGAGCAUAUGGUAAGGUUUUCCUUGUUCGUAAAGUGACUGGCCCAAAUGCAAAUCGCCUCUAUGCCAUGAAGGUGCUGCGUAAGGCAGCUCUGGUUCAAAAAGAGAAGACAGCAGAGCACACGCGAACUGAACGUACUGUGCUAGAACAUGUGAGACAGAGUCCAUUUCUUGUGACCCUUCACUAUGCCUUCCAGACAGAUGCCAAACUCCACCUUAUACUAGACUAUGUUAGUGGAGGAGAACUUUUUACUCAUCUCUAUCAGCGAGAUAACUUCUCUGAAGAUGCUGUACGCUUUUAUUCUGGAGAGGUUAUUCUGGCUAUUGAACACCUACACAAGUUGGGCAUCGUGUACCGAGACAUCAAGCUGGAAAACAUCUUAUUGGACAGUGAUGGUCAUGUGGUGCUUACAGACUUUGGCCUGAGCAAAGAAUUCAUGUCUGAAGAGUGUGAGCGCACAUAUUCCUUCUGUGGCACGACUGAAUAUAUGGCACCAGAAAUAAUCAGAGGGCAGGGAGGUCAUGGCAAGUCAGUGGACUGGUGGAGUCUGGGAAUCCUCAUUUAUGAACUGCUAACAGGAGCAUCUCCAUUCACAUUGGAGGGGGAAAAGAACUCACAGAAUGAAGUGUCCAAACGGAUCCUAAAGAUGGAGCCCUCGUAUUCCUCAUCUUUAAGUUUGGAGGCUCGGGAUCUUCUUCAGAAGUUGCUUCGCAAGGAUCCAAGAAAACGACUUGGAGCAGAGGGUGCUUUCCAAAUAAAGGAACACAAAUUCUAUAGGGGCCUGGACUGGGAAGCUCUGGCCCUGCGUAAAGUUACUCCUCCAUUUCGUCCAUCUAUACGCAGUGAAACAGAUGUCAGUAAUUUUUCAGAUGAAUUUACAAGUUUAGACCCUGUGUACUCUCCAGCGGCAACUCCACCUUCUGGGGCGCGUAUAUUCCAGGGAUACUCCUUUGUAGCUCCAUCUGUUCUGUUUGGUGUAAAUGCAGCAAUGACAGACAUGCCUGCCCCAUCUGCUGACAAACCUGCAAGCCCUACGCUAGCUCUGAGUGCUGCCAUGAAGCAGUAUGAAAUGGAUCUGCAGGAGCCAGCUCUGGGGUCUGGAAGUUUCUCUGUGUGCAGGAAAUGUCGCCAUCGCCAGAGCAAGAAGGAAUAUGCUGUGAAAAUACUUAGCAAAAGGAUGGAGGUGAACACUCAGCGAGAAGUGGCAGCUCUGAAGUUAUGUCAGGGACACCCUAACAUUGUGAAUCUUCAUGAUGUCUUUCAUGACCAGUAUCAUUCAUAUGUUGUAAUGGAGCUCCUGGAUGGUGGGGAGUUACUGGACCGAAUAAAGAAACACUCGCGUUUCACCGAAAUCGAAGCAAGUAAACUUAUGCGCAGCCUUGUGAGUGCUGUAUGUCGCAUGCAUGAAGCUGGAGUUGUCCAUAGGGACCUUAAACCUGAGAAUCUAUUGCUAUCAUCGCCCGGUGAAGAUGCUGUUUUGAAGGUUAUAGAUUUUGGGUUUGCUAGACUCCGCCCUCCAGGGUCCCGGCCAUUACACACUCCUUGUUUUACACUGCACUAUGCUGCCCCAGAAUUGCUGUCACAUCAGGGCUAUGAUGAGUCAUGUGAUUUAUGGAGCCUGGGUGUCAUUAUGUAUACAAUGCUGUGUGGGCAGGUUCCCUUCCAAGGUGCAAGGAGUUGCUCUCCUCAAAGCCGUGCUGCUGAUAUCAUUAACAAGAUCAAGGAGGGAGACUUUGUAAUGCAGGGUGAAAGCUGGGAACAUGUGAGCGAUGAAGCCAAGGAGCUUGUUAAAGGGUUGCUUACUGUAGAUCCCUCUUUCCGGCUGAAUCUUAGUGAACUCAGGGAAAGUGAGUGGCUGUGCGGUGGUCGUCCACUGUCCUCAACACCCCUCAUGACACCUGAUGUCCUGGAAUCCAGUGGAAUGGCCACCAAGACAUGCGUUAAUGCCACCAUCAUGGCAUUUAAACUUGGAAAACGUGAAGGGGUAUUUUUAAAGAGCGUGGAAAAUGCCCCACUGGCUAAAAGACGGAAGCUGAAGCAGUGCAGCACUGGAGGUGACACACGCAGUGGGUCAUCCUCUUCUUCUUCCUCUUCAUCAUCAACAACAGCCACAACCACAGCCCGCUCUCCUAAAUCUAGAGCACCUCCCCAGAAUCACAGACCAGCAAAUUCUUAAGGUUUUCGCUCGAUUUACUUACACUACAGGCCAUGCUAUUUUCUGCACAUGGAGGACCAAGGGAAGGGUGCCUUUCUCCAAAUGGAUUGUCACUUCUAAAAUGAAUGCUCAACAAAAUGUAUUUGAAGUAGUUAUGGGUUUGUGUAUGUGUGAGUGAUACAGUGAUCAUACACAGGCAUGGGUUCUUCUAGGAAGCAGCUUAUGCAGUCCACUAUAUGUAUUGAAAUAUACAUAAAAAAGUCAUAUUAGACACUAACCAUUAUUCAGUAUCAGUGAAUUGUCAGUCUUCCCUCCCAGCUUUAAUGUGCACCUUUAGGGAAGAGCAGAAUAAGGUUUUACCUUGAUCCCCAGCUUUAUUGGGGCUGUCUACACCAGCAUAUGUGGCAGCGCCAAUGUUACAAUUUGCUGCAGUGGCGUGUAUGUUCAAUUUAGACUUUCUUAUUACAUUGUAAAUAUAUA